GAAACCUCCUGCCUUGCUUUCUGUCUCUUCCCCAAGAGAUGGUUUUACGCAUCCAAGAAAGGGGGGAUUGAAAGAAGGAGAAGGAGAAGGCGCCAAGCCAAUCACCCAGCAGCAGCACCUCUCUUUCUCUCUCUCCAUCCCUCCUCUCUAUCUCUCCCCCUCUCCCCCCCCCCUCCUUUGCCAACCCAGCUUCCUCCUCCUCCUCUUUCUCCUCUUCCCUCCUCCCUUCUUCCUCCUCCUUUCCUUCCCUCCUCCAAGCAAAUCAACCCCUCGGUUCCUCUUUGACAUGCAACCCGCUUUCGGUUGGGACAAACCGGCAUGCCGCUGCAGCUUUAAACGGCAUUGGGGGAAAUUGGGGAUUUUUGCUCUCAUGACGGUGGAGGUGAGCUAUUGGAGCCGGAUUCUGCUGCUGUCGGUGGGGGUUUUGGCAUCCACAGCCGCCGCCCAGAACUGCAGUUACAUUUUUCAAGGUCCAAACGGGACGAUACAGAGCCCAGGAUUCCCGUACGGCUAUCCAAAUUAUGCAAACUGUACAUGGACAAUCACCACCAACGAGCAGAACCGAGUGCAGCUUGUAUUCCAGUCCUUUGCCCUCGAAGAAGAUUUCGAUGUGCUGUCAGUUUACGACGGAUUGCCCCAGCAGGAAAAUCUAAGAACAAGGUUAACGGGUUUCCAACUGCCUCCUCCCAUUGUCAGUACUGGAGUGGUGCUGUCAUUGUGGCUUGUCAGCGACUAUGCCGUCAGUGCGCAAGGAUUUCAAGCAAACUACGAAGUUCUUCCAAGCCACACUUGUGGAAAUCCAGGAAGGCUCCAAAAUGGGAUCCAGCAGGGGACGACCUUCAGCAUCGGGGACAAAGUGCGCUACAGCUGCAACCCAGGUUUUUUUCUGGAGGGACAUGCGCUGCUCACUUGCCACGCCAGCACCGAAAACACAGCCUCCUGGGACUUCCCUCUGCCCUUCUGUCGAGCUGACGAUGCCUGUGGAGGGACACUCCGAGGGCAGAGUGGGAUUAUCUCAACCCCCCAUUACCCUUUGGAGUACAGCAACAAUGCCGACUGCACAUGGACCAUUCUAGCAGAGCCUGGAGAUACCAUUGCUCUGGUGUUCCUGGAUUUCCAACUGGAGGAUGAAUAUGACUUCUUAGAGGUCACCGGAACAGAGGGGUCCUCCCUAUGGUUUACAGGAACGAACCUUCCCGCCCCUGUCAUCAGCAGCAAAAAUUGGCUUCGUCUUCACUUCAUGUCAGAUGGCAACCACAGGCAAAAGGGCUUUAGUGCACAGUACCAAGUUAAAAAACAAAUGGAAAUAAAGUCUAGAGGAGUGAAACUGAUGCCAAGUAAGGACACGAACCAGAAGACAUCUGUGUUAACGCAGGUUGGUGUGUCCCAGGGACAUAACAUGUGUCCGGACCCUGGGAUUCCAGAUCGAGGCAAACGGAUAGGCAACGAUUUCAGGCUAGGAUCCAGUGUCCAGUUCACCUGCAAUGAAGGCUACGAUUUGCAGGGCUCCAAGAGCAUCACCUGCAAGAAGCUGAGUGGUAUGAUUGCAGCCUGGAGCGACCAGAGGCCCGUCUGUAGAGCUAGAAUGUGUGAUAUAUACCUUCGAGGCCCCAGCGGUGUCAUUACAUCUCCCAACUACCCCGUCCAGUAUGAUAACAAUGCCUACUGUGUGUGGGUGAUAACAGCAGUCAACCCAGCCAAGGUCAUCAAGCUCAGCUUUGAAGAAUUUGACUUGGAGAGAGGAUAUGACACACUAACCGUGGGAGAUGGAGGUCAGGUUGGAGACCAGAAAACCGUGCUCUAUGUUUUAACAGGUACAACAGUCCCUGAUCUGAUUGUCAGCACCCAGCAUCAGAUGUGGCUUCUGUUCCAGACAGACAGUGUGAGGAACUUAUUGGGAUUCAAAGCAAACUAUGAAGAGAUCGACCAAGGGGGCUGCGGAGAUCCAGGGGUGCCAGCCUACGGCCGGAGAGAAGGCUCCACCUUUCGCCAUGGGGACUCGUUGACGUUUGAAUGCCAGCCUGCAUUUGAACUGAAAGGACAGAAAACAAUCACUUGCCAAAAGAGUAGCCAGUGGUCCUCUCUGAAACCAGUCUGUGUUUUUUCCUGCUUCUUCAACUUCACCACCCCGUCUGGGAUUGUGCUUUCCCCAAACUACCCUGAGGAAUAUGGUAGCAGCCUCCACUGCGUCUGGUUGAUCAUCGCAAAGCCCGAAAGCCGCAUCCACUUGGCCUUCAACGAUUUUGACGUGGAGCCUCAGUUUGACUUUUUGGCUGUAAAAGAUGGUGGAACGGCUGAAUCGCCUGUCUUGGGAACCUUCUCUGGGAGCCAGCUCCCUUCUUCUCUAACUAGCAGUGGACAUGUCACUAGACUGGAAUUCCAGACCGAUCAUUCUACUGAGAAACGAGGCUUCAAUAUUACCUUUACCACCUUCCGACACAAUGAGUGCCCCGAUCCAGGUGUGCCAGUCAACGGGAAGCGAUUUGGGGACAGUCUUCAGCUUGGGAGCUCCGUGUCCUUCUUAUGCGAUGAAGGUUUCAUUAGGACUCAUGGCUCGGAAACUGUCACCUGUGUCUUGAAAGAGGGCAACGUGGUCUGGGACAAUGCUGUUCUGAGAUGUGAAGCUCCGUGUGGCGGCCAUCUGACCUCUCCAAGUGGAAUGAUUCUGUCUCCAGGUUGGCCAGGCUUCUACAAGGAUUCUCUGAAUUGUGCCUGGGUCAUCGAAGCUCAGCCAGGAUACCCAAUCAAAAUUACUUUUGACAGAUUUAAAACAGAGGUGAAUUAUGACACACUGGAAGUGCGCGAUGGCAAGUCCUAUUCAUCGCCAUUGAUAGGGGUGUACGAUGGGACUCAGGUGCCCCAAUUCCUCAUUAGCACCAGCAAUUUCCUCUACCUCCUCUUCACCACCGACAAGAGCCACUCUGAUGUUGGCUUUCAGAUCCGCUAUGAAACGGUAAAACUCCAGUCCGACCACUGUUUGGACCCAGGGAUACCCGUCAAUGGCCUACGGCAUGGGGAUGAUUUCUACGUCGGUGCUUUGGUGACCUUCGGCUGUGACCCAGGAUAUACUUUGAGUGACAAUGAAGCCCUGGAAUGCGAACCCAAUUUUCAAUGGAGCAGACCCCUUCCCAGCUGUGAGGCGCUCUGCGGAGGCUACAUUCGUGGAUCCAGUGGUACCGUGCUCUCACCCGGCUUUCCUGAUUUCUACCCCAACAAUUUAAACUGCACAUGGAUCAUUGAAGCUUCUCACGGCAAAGGUGUCUUCUUCACCUUCCACACCUUUCAUCUGGAGAGCGGCCAUGACUACUUGUUGAUCACCGAGAACGGCAGCUUCAGCCAACCUCUGAAACAACUCACCGGCUCCCGCUUGCCUGCCCCUUUCAGUGCCGGCCUCUAUGGGAACUUCUCUGCUCAGAUCCGUUUCAUUUCCGACUUCUCCAUUUCAUACGAGGGCUUCAACAUCACCUUUUCAGAAUAUGACCUAGAACCUUGUGAUGAGCCCGAGGUGCCCACCUACAGCAUCCGCAAGGGCCUACAGUUUGGCGUGGGAGAUGUCUUGACCUUCUCAUGUUUCCCUGGGUAUCGGCUGGAGGGCGUCUCGCGCAUCACCUGCCUGGGAGGGAGACGGCGUGUGUGGAGUUCGCCUCUGCCAAGGUGUGUUGCUGAAUGUGGCUCUUCUGUAACCGGGACACAAGGAGUCCUCUUGUCCCCAAACUAUCCGCUCAACUACAACAACAAUCACGAAUGUAUCUACUCCAUCCAGACGCAGCCGGGAAAAGGAAUUCAGCUCAAAGCCAGGGCUUUCAACCUGGAGGCCGGGGAUGUCCUCAAGAUUUACGAUGGCAACAAUAACUCAGCCCGUCUCCUGGGCUCCUUCAGCCGAAAAGAGAUGCUGGGGAUCAGCGUCAACAGCACCUCCAGCACCAUGUGGCUUGACUUCAUCACUGAUGGCAACAACACAAGUCAAGGCUUUGAACUGCAGUUUUCUAGUUUUGAAUUGAUCAAGUGUGAAGAUCCUGGCGUCCCUGAGUUUGGCUACAAAGUCCAUGAUGAGGGACACUUUGCAGGAAGCUCAGUUUCCUUUAACUGUGACCCUGGCUAUACGCUGAGAGGAAGCCGAGUCCUCGCCUGCUUAACUGGGGAGCGUCGGGCUUGGGAUCAACCUCUCCCCAUCUGCGUAGCGGAAUGUGGGGGCAGUAUCAAAGGCGAAACCUCAGGAAGGAUCCUGUCUCCAGGGUAUCCCACACCCUAUGACCACAACCUCAAUUGUGUCUGGACAGUGGAGGCAGAGGCAGGCUGCACCAUUGGGCUCCAUUUCAUGGUUUUCCACACAGAAGAAUUCCAUGACGUUCUGCGGAUCUGGGAUGGCCCAGUUGAGAAGGGGAUUCUCCUGAAAGAAAUCAGCGGUUCCAUCUUGCCCAGUGACAUUCACAGCACCUUCAACUCAGUGGUCCUCCAGUUCAACACUGAUUUUUUCACCAGCAAACAGGGAUUUGCCAUUCAGUUUUCAGUGUCCACUGCCACCUCUUGCAACGACCCAGGGGUUCCACAGAAUGGGAGUCGGAGUGGUGGCAGCAAGGAGGCAGGUGACUCCAUCGUUUUCCAGUGCGACCCUGGUUAUGCCCUUCAAGGAGAAGCCAAGAUCAGCUGCGUGCAAAUUGAGAACCGUUUUUUCUGGCAGCCGGAUCCUCCGACCUGCAUAGCUCCUUGCGGUGGGAUCCUCACGGGACCUUCUGGGGUGAUCUUGUCACCAAACUACCCAGAACCUUACCCCCCAGGAAAGGAGUGUGACUGGAAGCUGACGGUCUCUCCCGAUUACGUUAUCGCCUUGGUGUUUCACAUUUUCAACCUGGAAGCAGGAUAUGACUUUUUGCACAUCUACGAUGGCCCCAGUUCUCUCAGCCCCCUGAUCGGGAGUUUCUAUGACACCCAGUUGCCUGAGCGGAUCGAGAGCAGCAGCAAUAACCUUUUCUUGGCCUUUCGGAGUGAUGCCUCAGUCAGCAAUACUGGAUUUGUGAUCCACUACACAGAGAAUCCCAGAGAAUCUUGCUUUGACCCAGGUCUGAUUAAGAAUGGUACCCGGGCAGGAACUGAGUUGAAACUUGGAUCAACUAUUACCUACUAUUGCGAUAGUGGCUACAUAAUUGAAGGGGCAUCCACCUUGACGUGCAUCAUGGGAGCUGAUGGGAAACCUGUGUGGAACAAACCACGGCCUGUGUGCACAGCACCGUGUGGAGGACAGUACACAGGAUCAGAUGGGGUCGUCCUGUCUCCAAACUACCCUCGGAAUUACACCAGUGGACAAGUGUGCCUCUAUUUCAUCAUGGUACCCAAAGACUAUGUGGUGUUUGGCCAGUUUGCCUUUUUCCAGACGGCUCUCCAUGACAUCAUUGAAGUCCAUGAUGGUCCUAACCAGCAUUCCCGCCUCCUUAGUUCUCUUUCUGGUUCUCACACUGGUGAGUCCUUGCCUCUGGCCACCACCAACCAAAUACUGAUCAAGUUUAGUGCCAAAGGUCAAGCCACUGCCAAAGGUUUCCAUUUUGUCUACCAAGCGGUCCCAAGAACCAGUGCCACGCAAUGCAGCUCUGUCCCGGAGCCCCGCUAUGGGAGACGGAUCGGCAGUGAUUUCUCCGUUGGGGCUGUGAUUCGCUUUGAGUGCAGCGCUGGCUAUGCCCUCCAAGGGUCCCGUAGCAUUGAGUGCCUGACGAUGCCUGGGGCUCUUGCCCAGUGGAACGCAUCUGUGCCUACUUGUGUUGUGCCCUGCGGGGGAAAUUUAACAGAGCGAAAAGGCACCAUUUUAUCCCCCGGAUUCCCCGAGCCCUACUUGAACAGCCUCAACUGUGUCUGGAAAAUUACUGUUCCUGAAGGCGCUGGCAUACAGAUUCAAGUGAUUAGUUUUGUCACAGAACAGAACUGGGAUUCGCUAGAAGUGUUUGAUGGUGGGGACAACACUGCAACCAUGCUGGGCAGCUUCUCAGGAACAACGGUCCCUGCAUUAUUGAACAGCACCUCCAACCAGCUCUAUUUGCACUUCUGCUCCGACAUCAGUGUCUCGGCUGCAGGAUUUCAUCUGGAGUAUAAAACCGUGGGCCUCUCCAGCUGCCCAGAGCCCACCAUUCCUAGCAAUGGCCUGAAGAUUGGGGAGAGAUACCUGGUGAACGAUGUGGUCUCCUUUCAGUGUGAGCCAGGAUACGCACUCCAGGGGCGUUCUCACAUUUCCUGCAUGCCAGGGACUGUCCGGCGAUGGAAUUAUCCUCCUCCACUAUGCAUCGCACAAUGUGGAGGGACCAUGGAAGAGAUGGAAGGGGUCAUUCUGAGUCCAGGCUUCCCGGGAAACUACCCCAGUAACAGCGACUGUACAUGGAGGAUAUCCUUUCCUGUGGGAUUUGGUGCUCAUCUCCAGUUCCUGAACUUCUCCACUGAACCCAACCACGACUAUAUUGAAGUCCGCAAUGGACCGUACGACACCAGCAACAUCAUCAGCCGGUUCAGUGGGAGCGACCUCCCGGGCUCCCUUUUGUCCACAUCACAUGAAACCACCCUCUAUUUCCACAGUGAUCAUUCACAGAACAAGCCCGGCUUCAAGGUGGAAUAUCAAGCUUAUGAACUCCAGGAGUGUCCUGACCCUGAGCCCUUCGCUAAUGGCAUCGUGAGAGGAGCUGGUUACAGCGUGGGCCAGUCAAUAUCUUUUGAAUGCCUCCCUGGUUAUCAGCUGAUUGGCCACCCGGUCUUGACCUGUCAACAUGGAACCAAUAGGAACUGGGACCACCCGUUGCCCAGAUGUGAAGUCCCUUGUGGUGGAAACAUCACAGCCCACAAUGGUACCAUCUUCUCCCCUGGCUUUCCCAAUCCGUACCCCAAUUCCCAGGAUUGCACAUGGCUACUCACAAUGUCUCCUGGAUACGGCAUCUACCUCAACUUCACCUUGCUGCAAACGGAGCCAUAUAAUGACUUCAUCACUGUUUGGGACGGAGCUCAGCAAACAGCUCCACAGUUGGGUGUUUUCACCGGAAACUCAGCUAAGAAAGCCACCCAGAGCUCUUCCAACCAGGUCCUCCUGAAAUUUUAUAGCGAUGCUGCCAACGGAGGACUCUUUGCCGUCUCUUUCUAUGCCUACCAGCUUUCUCGAUGCCAGCCCCCAACAAUGGUUCCCAAUGCUGAAAUCAUCACCGAGAAUGAAGAUUAUAAUAUAGGUGAUAUUAUUAGAUAUCGGUGUCUUCCUGGCUUCACCUUGGUUGGAAAUGAGGUUUUGACCUGCAGACUUGGUAGCCACCUCAAAUUUGAGGGUCCUCCCCCAACCUGUGAAGUUCACUGCCCGAUGAACGAAAUCCUCACAGCCUCUGCCGGCGUCAUCCUGAGUCCUACUUUCACAGGGAAUUACCCCCACUUCCAGACUUGCUCAUGGAUAAUCAAGUUGGAGUCGGGAUACAACAUUACCUUCACUGUUGAGUAUUUCUUAAGCGAGAAGGAAUACGACGAGUUUGGGAUCUUUGAUGGUCCUUCAGGCCACAGUCCUCUACUUCUGUCUCUCAGUGGAAACUACUCUGCUCCACUAACAGUAACCAGUACCGGUAACAGGGUCUAUCUCCACUGGUCCUCUGACCAUGCCUAUAACAGGAAGGGCUUCCGGAUCCGCUAUUCAGCCCCGUAUUGCAGCCUUCCAUCUCCUCCUCUCUUUGGCUCCAUCUUCAGCCACACUGGCCUUCAGCCUGGAAGCACCAUCCAGUUUGGUUGUGAAGCCGGCUACCGCCUCGUGGGCCACAGCAUUUCCAUGUGCUCAAGGCACCCGCAGGGCUACUUCCGCUGGAACGAAGCCAUUCCUCUGUGCCAAGCUCUCUCUUGUGGAGUGCCCAAAGCUCCGAAAAAUGGCGUGGUUUUCGGCAAGGAGUACACUGUUGGCACCAAAGCAGUCUACCAAUGCAAGCAAGGCUUUCACCUCCAGAGCCAGAACAUUUCUACCAUUGAGUGCCUUCCAAAUGGUCAAUGGAGUAAUGGCAACAAUCCUCUUCCGUGCGUGGCCAUCGGCUGCCCCGAUGUCAGCAGCAUUGCCGUGGAACAUGGCCGAUGGAGGCUGAUCUACGAGACGCAGUACCAGUACAAUGCACAGCUGAUGCUGAUCUGUGAUCCUGGCUACUACUACACAGGGCACCGGGUCAUUCGUUGCCAAACCAAUGGGAAGUGGAGCAUAGGGGAACCCAUGCCAACCUGCAGAAUUAUAUCCUGUGGAGACUUACCUGUGCCACCCAAUGGGAACCGGAUCGGGACCUUGACCACAUAUGGAGCGACUGCCAUCUUCUCCUGCAACACCGGUUAUACCUUGGUGGGCUCCCGUGUCCGAGAAUGUAUGGCAAAUGGCCUUUGGAGUGGUCUGGAAGUGAAGUGCCUAGCGGGUCAUUGUGGCGAACCAGAUCCCAUUGUCAACGGCCAGAUAAAUGGUGAGAACUUCAACUACCGAGGCAGCGUGGUGUAUCAGUGCAACCCUGGCUUCCGUCUCAUUGGGAUGUCUGUCCGGAUCUGCCAGCAAGACCACCACUGGUCCGGAAAGACUCCUGUCUGUGUGCCCAUAACCUGUGGCCACCCAGGCAAUCCAGCCAACGGCCUGACACAAGGCACCCAGUUCAACCUGAAUGAUGUGGCCAAGUUUGUGUGCAACACAGGGUACCGCCUGGAAGGGGCCUCCAAGUCCCAGUGCCUAACCAACGGGCAAUGGAGCAAUGCCCUGCCCAUUUGCCGCAUUGUAAACUGUACUGACCCCGGGCACCUGGAUAACAGCGUUCGACAAGUGCAGCCAAGCGGGCCUCACAGAUACAGCUACGGAACCACAGUCUCUUAUCUGUGCAACCAUGGGUAUUACUUAUUGGGCACCCAUGUCCUUACCUGUCAGGGGGAUGGCACUUGGGAUCGACCCCUCCCAGUGUGUCAUUUGGUCUCCUGUGGCCACCCAGGAUCCCCACCUCAUGCUCAGAUCUCAGGGGAUGUCUACACGGUUGGCUCAGUGGUGCGUUACAGCUGCUUGCAAGGGAGGAACUUGAUUGGCAACUCCACCCGCAUGUGCCAGUUGGACGGGCGCUGGAGUGGGUCUCUGCCUCACUGCUCAGGAAGCAACCAAGGGCUGUGUGGUGAUCCAGGAAUCCCAUCUCAUGGCAUUCGACAUGGUGGCGAUGAGUUAGGUGUGGAGAGCACCAUCUCGUUCAGCUGUGAGCCAGGAUACAUGCUCCGGGGUUCGCUGCAGAGAGCGUGCCAGGCCAAUGGCACAUGGAGUGGCACCCAGCCGGAAUGUGAAGUUAUAUCUUGUGGAAACCCAGGGACUCCCAGCAAUGCCAGAGUAAUCUUUAAUGACGGCCUCGUGUUUGCCAGCUCCAUCAUUUACAAGUGCCGGGAGGGCUACUACUCCACUGGCGUGCUCAGCAGGCAUUGCACUGUCAAUGGGACCUGGACUGGGAGCACUCCAGAAUGUACAGUGAUAAACUGUGGCGACCCUGGCAUCCCGGCCAAUGGCAUUCGGUUGGGCAGUGAUUUCACCUACAAUACAUCGGUUGUCUUCCAGUGCAUGCCAGGCUACAUGAUGGAGUCAGACAGGGCUUCUGCUCUGAUGUGUACCAAAGACCGAACCUGGAAUGGCACCAGACCUGUCUGCAAAGCUAUCCUAUGUAAACCUCCGCAAGUGGUCCCCAAUGGAAAGGUUGUGGGAUCUGACUUCAGCUGGGGUUCCAGUGUGAGCUACACCUGCUUGGAAGGAUACCAGCUCUCCCUACCAGCUGUCCUGACUUGUGAAGGCAAUGGAACAUGGACCGGAGAAAUCCCACAGUGUUUCCCUGUUUUCUGUGGCGAUCCGGGAAUUCCAGCAGAAGGGAAGCGUGAAGACAGGGGCUUUACCUACCGUUCUUUUGUCUCCUAUUCCUGCUCACCGCCAUUGCUGCUAGUAGGGUCAGCAAGGAGGUUCUGCCAAUCUGAUGGAACAUGGAGCGGAACCCAGCCAAGCUGCAUAGACUCAACUCUUACCACAUGUGUGGAUCCUGGUGUACCCCUUUUUGGAACACAAAACAAUUCCCAAGGUUAUCAGAUUGGGGGCGUUGUCUUUUUCAAAUGUCACAAAGGUUACCUUUUGCAAGGAUCCACCACAAGAACGUGCCUUCCAAAUCUGACAUGGAGCGGAGUGCAACCAGACUGCAUCCCUCACAACUGCAAAGAGCCAGAUACCCCAGCCCAUGCCAACGUGGGUGCCCUAGACUUGCCUUCCCUUGGCUACACCUUGAUCUACUCUUGCCAAAGUGGCUUUUAUCUCACUGGAGGAUCAGAACACAGGACUUGUAAAUCUGAUGGCAGCUGGACUGGCAAGCCUCCUAUUUGCCUAGCGGAUAUACGACCGAGUGGGAGGCCAGUGGGCACUGCGAGAGACCCACCUCUUCCAAAAGUGCCAGUUCCGCCGGAUGUCUUUGCAAAAAAUUCCUUCUGGAAAGGCUCUUAUGAGUACAUGGGGAAGAAGCAGCCAGCCAUGCUGUCUGUCACCAGCUUUGACCCAAUCACUAGUAAAGUCAACGCCACCCUCGUAGACCACAGUGGUGUGGAGUUGCAAGUAUCUGGUAUUUACAAAAGAGAAGAUGUUCAUCUUCUUCUCCAGGUGUACCAGAUUACAGGGCCAGUGGACAUCUUCAUGAACAAAUUUAAGAAUGAUAAAUGGGCAUUAGAUGGACAUGUCAGUCCAGAGUCAUCCAGUGGGACAUUUGUCUACCAGGGUUUUGUACAUGGCAAAGGGUUUGGACAGUUUGGCCUCCAGAGGCUAGACAGUAGCAUCAAUGAACGAGAUUCUGAAUCAAUGGGACAUCCGUUUGCCUCCAACAGCAGCUCGGUGGCAGCUGCAAUCCUCGUGCCUUUCAUUGCCCUGAUUAUUGCAGGGUUUGUGCUCUAUCUCUACAAGCACAGAAGGAGACCGAAGGUGCCCUUCAAUGGCUAUGCUGGCCAUGAAAACACCAACGUCCGAGGAACAUUUGAAAACCCAAUGUAUGACCGCAACUUGCAGCCGACAGAUAUCAUGGCCAAUGAGGCAGAGUUUACAGUCAGCACGGUGUGCACUGCGGUAUAGCAUUUAAGAAUUCUACGCACAUGCUCCAGGGACAGAAGUCUCACUAGUGCCCAAUGCUCCUCCUGGUUCAUACUUGCCCAUGAUCAUCCUUCCCAGAAACGUUGGGGCUGCAGAGUUGAUAUGGUGCCUUUGCGUUGAUCCAGAGAGAGGGACAUACAGAGAGAGAGAGAGACUGCCUUGCUGUUUAUCACUGCUCCCCACCUUCAUUGCCCAUCUGUUCUGCCCUGCAGCUGAUAAUCAAACCAACCAAAGCAUCCACUCCAGCCCUUGCAUUGAGAACUUGGGGUGUCGACCUCCUCUCCCCUUCCCACCCGUGCCAAUGCGGACUACCAUCGUCCAAACAUCUCCCGCUUCUGAGCCAUUUCCUCGUUGAUCCUGGCCAUCUUGGCGACUGCUGCUCAGGAGCCGCAUCAAUACCCGCUUUUGGUGGAUCAUUAUCUUUGUGGAGGAGGACAUUGUGGCAAUGCGGCUGAGGCCUAACAAUAUGCAGAACCUCGUUGAUAAAGGAAAGGGUGGACAAGCAAGAGGAAGUGAAGAAACUCUCAUGGAGGAGACUUUGUGGAAGCAGAGAACCUGGGUCCGAAGAAAGCCCACCACGUUAAACUCAAACAGCAGGUUUAGCCUAUGGAGAAAGUGUAGCUUGAGCUUCAUAUAGGCUAGUUCACUCCCUCCUCACCCCAAUGUAUGUAAUUCGCUUCAAUGUACCACUGCAAGCAUCUGUAGUUUCUACAACACUUGAUACUUUCUUCCAGCCCCAAAGUCAGUAUCGUGCAAUUUUAGGUAGCCUUACCUUUAUUAUUUGAGGGUCUGCUGCUGUUUGUUGGCUCUUGUUCCAGAAAAUGAGUCCAAAAUCCAAAACUACUGCUGCUUUCAUCCUCACAGACCUGUACCAAGUAAGGAAAUUUCCAUGGAUGUAGUUUAAAAUUGGGUAGUCAUCUAGAGAAAUCAAAAGUGUCUAUUGGUUAGUACAGGGGUCCUCAAACUUUUUAAUCAGAGGGCCAGGUCACAGUCCCUUAAACUGUUGGAGGGCCAGAUUAUAAUUUGAAAAAAACAUGAGUGAAUUCCUAAUGCACACUGCGCAUAUCUUAUUUGUAGUGCAAAAAACACUUUAAAAGAAUACAAUCAUUGAAAUGAAGAACAAUUUUGACAAAUAUAAACUUAAUAGUAUUUCA